GCAGGGGGAUGUGGCUGAGAUACUAGGGACGUAAUUUAAAGCAGAAGUUGUCCCAAGUCGGGAUUACUGGCUGCUCUCCUCCAGGGUCCCAGUUUCCAUGUCGCCCGUGUGGUCCCUCUAGAGCCCGGGUCUGCAGAGGGAGGGAUGCUGGGAGAGUUCCCCGAAGUGGGGAAGGGAGGGCUUGAGGGAAAACAGAAGUCCGGGAGCCCUAAUAACGUCGGGGCAAGAUGAGCGCUGGGCUUCGGGGAGACAAGCGGCGCCCCUGCUGAGUAAGUGGAAGAAAUAAGGAAAGAGGGUGGAAUUUUCCUGCAGAGUCAUGUGAAGUCUGGAGACAAAAGGGAGCCAUGAACCUGUGGGUCUUACUUCUCCUGGUUGUGGCGAACCUUGGACGAGCCAGCCAUAGGCCCCUGGAAAAGCCUCCCUGUGAUAUGGUGGACAUGAAGGUCCUGUGCCACAAUCGAGGGCUUCUUCAGAUUCCUGCAGUACUCCACGCAGACAGCAAGGCCCUUGACUUGUCUCACAACCAGCUUCAGAGUGUCCUGGAGACUCCACUGAUCUUCUAUCCUGCCCUCCAGCACCUAGAUCUGAGCUCCAACCAGAUCAGCUUCAUCCAGCCUGGAAUUUUCACCAGCCUGUCUCAGCUUGAGCACCUCAACCUGUCCCAGAACCGGCUGGGACGGGCACUCCCACAUAGUGGCCACGGGGGAAUUGGGCGCCUGCCUCGAGUGACCACACUGGAUCUCUCGGGCAAUGGCUUGUACAACAGCAUGGCUGAGGCCUUCCUGAAGGAUGCCCCUGCCCUGCUCACUCUCUCCUUGGCAGAGAACAGCCUCACCCGAAUCUCGCGCUGGACCCUGCAGGGAGUGCCUGCUCUUGAGGAGCUGGACCUGCACAGCAACGUGAUCAUGGAGAUCGAGGAGGGAGCCUUCGAGGCUCUGCCUCACCUAGCCCGCCUCAAUCUCUCCAUGAACUCCAUCACCUGCAUUUCUGACUUCAGCCUCCCACAACUGCAAGUCCUAGACCUGAGCCGCAACAGCAUAGAAACCUUCCAAACCAUCGCCACGGACGAGGAGUACCAGCUUUCCUGGCUUGACUUGAGAGAGAACAAGCUAUCGCAGUUCCCUGAUCUGCCCCAGCACAACCGGCUCAUUUACCUGAAUGUGUCCAACAACCUGAUCCAGAUGCACCUCACUUCGCCCCUCAGUGACGAGACCCCCGGUGUGAAGGACUGGCCCGGUGGACUCCAUCAGGCUCCUGACCCAAGUGGGAAUGACAGCUCCAUGGCCCUCUCCAGACUCUUGGUCUUGGACCUAAGCUACAAUGAGAUUGAGGCCAUCCCAGAAGGCUUUUUUGACCCCAUGACUUCCCUGCAGUUCCUCAACCUCAGCAGAAACUGCCUCCGAAACUUUGAGGUGAAGCAGGAACACUCCCUGCCCAGCCUGGACAUCCUGGAUGUGAGCCACAACGACCUCCAAAGUUUCGCCGUGGGCAUCCAUGCUCUAGCUAGCCUACGGUGGCUCUACUUACAGUACAAUGCUCUGGCAGCCUUACCGCCUCUCACAUUUUCCAGGCUUCCCAAGAUCCAAUGGGUGGACCUACAAAGGAACUGGAUCCAUCUCUGUGGGACCCCACACGAUCUGAGUGAGUCAGCCGUCUCAGGCUGCAUUGUCUUCUCCAGCAUCCCCAGCCUCCGGACCUUGAACCUGGCGGGCAACACCAUGCAGAGGCUCCCGUCGGGUGCAUUCCUGCAUACCCCAUUGGCCACUUUGGACCUCUCAGCAAACCCGGGGCUAGGGAUCAUGCCUGGUGCCCUGGCUGGACUGGAAUCCUCCCUCGAGGUGCUGCGGCUACAGGAGAAUGGCCUGGCUGCCCUUCACGUUGACCUCCCUCGCUUCACACGGUUGAAGCAGCUCAAUCUCUCAGAGAACCAGCUGAGCUGGCUCCCUGCCUGGACCCGGCAGGCCUCCCUUGAAGAGCUGGAUCUUCGGAACAACAGUUUCAGCUACCUUCAGAGCCAUGACAUGAGUGGCCUGGAGGGGACUCUCCGGCGCCUCUACCUGGCAGGGAAUCCACUUGUUUGCUGCGGCAACAGCUGGCUGGCAGCUGUGAUCCAAAGGGGGAGUGUGGACAUCGCCAGCCUUGAGAACCUGACUUGCCGGCAUUCCAAGGACUUCAGUUCCCAAGAGGAGAUCCUCUUCCUCCAGAUCCGUCCCGAGGACUGUGAGAAAGAGGGACUCAAGAAAAUCAACCUGCUCAUUAUCCUCAUCUUUGCCCUAGUCCUGUCAAUCCUCCUCGGUGGGUUGGCUCUCUUCUGUUGCUUCUGCCGGCAGGAGUUUAACCAGCAUUUCAAAGCCUAGUGAACUCUGGCAGGACCAUUCUCAGUUCUCGAGGAUGGAGCUCUGGGGCUUCAUUGGGUUGUAGAGACUUAAAGCCAGAAGGGGCCUUAAGGACCCUUUAGCCCAACCCUUCUUAUAAUGGGGAAACUAAAACUCAGAGAGGUUAAGGGACUUGCCCAUGGCUACACAACUAGUAAAUAUGAGAUCUAGAUCCCCUGGAUAAUCAGACACUUAUUUCCUUUCCCAAACUAGCCAUGACCCUUAUCCAUUCAGCCUUCCAUCUGCUGACUGUGUUCAGCAAGUUUGAGGAUUCUACCCUUCCUCCCCAUGGAAGUCCCUGGGAGCCCGUCCCCCACUAUUAUAAGAUCCUUUGAAGUAACUACGAAGGUGAUAUAAUUCAACUCUUUCAUUCUACAGAUGAGCAAACUGACGCCCAAUGUGGUGAAUCACCCAAGGUCCCCCAGGUAGUAAGAUACAGAAGUAGGAAUGGAGCCCAAGUGCUUUUUCCCACUCUACCACACUGCCUCUAGUCCACUUGUGGUUUGGGAAGGCCAAAGUCAUCUUUAGGACAGAACUUAAAUAAAUCCAUUCCAAGUGAAAUUAUAGACCCUUUAGGACCAAAGAGACACUUGGGAAAAAAACUCUAGAAUUUAUCUCAAAGAAAAAUAUUUGUCAUGAUUCACACUAAUUCUUAUAAACUUUACAUAGGAGAAGGAUGAGUAUUCCCCAAACCACAUUCUCUGGGAUCUGAAACUUAACACAGAAAUCGCCAGCUGAUGCGAUUACUAGAGAGUUCACAAUUGAAUGGUCCCACCUAUUAGGGACAUCAGAAAAUAUGGCAGAGACUUUAGGACAUGGUUCAUUAGAGAUGGAAAGCAUGCUGGAAAUCAUCUCUUCUGUUUGUCACAUGGGAGGGCUAAGACCUGAAAGGAGAGUAACUUGCUUCAGGUCACAGAGCUGGGCUAGAACCCAUAUUUCCUUCCUCCCUGGCGGGGUCUCUUUCCCUUAUAACACAGAUUAGGGACUGUCUUCAGCUCCCUCCCAGUGUCAGGGUUUGCAUUGAUAAUAGACAUUAACCCCUUUCCCACAACUCCCACAGCCAAUUUGGGGGUUCCAGGGCCAGCUUCCCCACUCCCUUGGGCCCUGGCCUCAACAUUAGUCCAUUGUGGAAAACAAAGCUAAAGGAGGAGGUUGAUGGAAGAGAGCUAUAUUGUGAAUCCCACAAAUUGGCCCAGUGCCUUGCAAGCUGACAAGUACUUUCCAUUCAUUCUCUUAUUUUCAAAUAUUCCUAUGAAGAAUACAAGAUAGAGUUUGUUGUUCCAUUUCACAGAAGGAGAAACUGAGGCCCCCAAAAUGGGAAAUGACUGACCCACAUCAUGCAGUGUGAAUCAGAACAGAAACAAGACCCAAAUCUUGGUGCCAUUUAGGGGGAAGAAAACUGGACCAUGCCCCAAGGGAUUAUUAGAGGGAGUCAUAUAAGCUAAUGUUAGAAAAAUAAGAUAGCUCUAAAUUGUGGAAGGCCUUGAAGGACAGAAAUGAAAAGCAAAGUUCAUGAACUUUAGAACUAUUGGAAACUAGAGAUAAUUUAUUCUAGGGAUUCUUAAACUCUUUAGCCCAGAGAACAUCUGUGAACUUGGAUAGGGGAAAAAAAAGUCUUUUUUUUUUUUAACUAACUUCUCACUGAAAUUUAGCAUUUGCAACUCUUUCAUUUCAAGGAUGAGGAAACUGAGGCCAAAAGUUAAAUUUUUCCCUUGUAGUCUCCCAAAAUUAAUCCAAAUUAAGGUCCAAAUUAAUCCAUUUGAAUAGGCUUAUAUUCACUGCUAUUUGUGAGUGUGCACUGUCCUUUUUUUUUCAAUUGACUAACAUUAUGGGAUUAGCUAUAGAUUCUCACACAGACUCCAUCUGUUGCUUCUUCCCACUCCAGACUCUACCGCAAUAGUUUAGCAAUUGCAUCCUUUAACUCUUUCCCCUGACAAUCAGUAAAUCAUGCAGAGUUUUGAGCCAGGGGCUUCUGGGACGGGGUAUUACUUUCAACACCCAUAUUGGCCACCUAGGGUAAGUAGCUCCUCUCCUCUAGGAGGUCCGGUGCUGCUGAUGGUGGGUGUGCAGGACCAAGGCAAGUAGAAGCUCUUCUGUCUGUCCUUAUGAAGCUCCCUGAACUGGGGGUGAUGGAAACUGGCAGGCAUCUGGGCGUCAGGCAGUGCUGGCUGGGUCUGAAAGUAGUUAGGGGCAGGGAGCAGGACGUGGAGGCGGGAUUAGAAACAUUUGGUGUUCUGAAUGGAAUGUAGAUAAAAAGCUGGAUUUGAAAGGGAAAAUGUCUAAACAGUAUUUUCCCCAACCCAGUCUCCCUUUCUCUUUCUAUUAUAUAUGCAACUGUUUUUCUCUUUAGGUUUUUCAUCCAUGUCUCUCUCUCUCUCUUUCCCUUUCUUUUGCCUGUCUAUCUUUCUCUGAAUCUUUCUGUCUCCCUCUAUCUCUUUCUGAGCUCCUUCCAUUUCUAUAAAUCUGCCUUUCUUUUAUGAUUUUUUCUCUUUGUUCUCUCUUCCUUUCCCACCUCUGUCUCUGUCGCUCUCCUCCCUUUGUCCCUUCUUUCUUCUCUCUUUCGUCUCUCUCCAUGUAUAUCCCUCUUCUCACUCUGCUUCUCCUCCAUCUUUCUCUUUUUUCUUUCCUCUCUCUUUUUCUGUUUCUCUUUCUCCUGCUAUUUUUCUCCUGGACACAGAACAGCCAUUUCAACCUCAAUGUCUAAUAAAUUGGGCCAGCGGUUGGGGUUGGGGAUGGGGGAGAGGAGAAAUCAGUCAAAUCAGUUCUGCGUCAUUUUCAUUAGAAUGGUCUGUCCCAUACACCUAAUUUGAUCAUUGAGGUAAAAGUGGUGAAGCCCUUGUAAGGGUUUACCUACCUCAAAGUUGGUAAUUUAAUUGGAUUUUACUUUAGAACUCAGUAUAAGAACUAGGAGGGACUAUGAAACAAUUUAAUGAAUUCACUCAAGAUGAAGUCUAGAAUUUAGCAAUUUCCCUGAGACCUGUACACAGUAAGAUAGAGAGUGGUAGAGUCAAGAGUCUCUAGAAGAACUUAGAUCUCCUGAAUCCCUGCUUACAACUCUUUUCCUCUUAAUAUAAAAGCUCAGAAAGUUGGACUAUUCGGGAACUGUCUAGCACUGGGAAAGAUGACAAGGACUAUAAAAGCAAAAGAGCAGAUCCUCAUACCAGAAUAAGAUGAUCCCACAGUAUGAGAUGAAGACGUUCCCUCAGGUCAAGAAGUAUGUCUUUGAUACCCUAUAACCCACAAGAAAAAGUUGAAACUCCUUAGGCAGGGUGUUCAAGACCCACUAUAUCUAGUGUAAACAAGAAUGGUUCCUCCUCCCAAUUCAUUGUACCUCAUUACAAUUUAGGAGAUAUUAAUGUCUUAGCAAUAGGUUUGCAUCCUAUAAUCCUUUUAUAAAAUGUGAACACCUUUUAUUCUGAUUCAGUCAGGUCAGGCAACCAUUACUUGGACUUUAAAAUAGCUACGCCUAGAGUUAGUGAGAUUCACAUAAAUGAAGGCAGAAGGCAGCAAUCUUUUUGCCUCUGGUGGGGAAGAGGGGAUCUUUCUUCACUUUCAAUGGCCAAAGCUAGCUCUUUUUUCUGCUGCCAGAUGUCCCAUUUCUUGAAGCUAUUUACUGACCUCUCAACUACCUCUUUGUAUCCAUGUCGGUCUGGAGAAUGUCUCUUUUCCCUGAUGGAUAUGGUUUAGGGGCAGGAGUUCCACUCUCCUCUCCAGUGACCCUGAGCUGUCUAGAACUCUUGAACUGAUCUUCUAACUACUAACUAGGGUGUUUCUUACCAGGCAAGCAGCUGUGCUGCUCAGCUGACUCUACAGUAUGAUGGCAGAUGGGAGUAGGAGUAGAGGAGAGAGAAAACCUCCUCCUCUUUUCAAAUCCAUAAGAAAAAGAUCUUUACUUUUUGCUAAGGACUAGCACUGGGUGUUAGUUAACACGUGUUAAUCCAUUAACACCUCACCUCUGGAUUCUUACCAUAAAUGGGAAGGAUGGAACCAUGUCCUCUCCAAUGCUGCCUCUCCUACUAACAACUGCCUAUUUUUGUAGCCUUAACUCCCUCUACUCCCUUGCCUAUGCUCUUUGCUUCAGCCAGACUAGGUAAUUCAGCAUCCUUCAAACACAGUUUCUUGCCAAUGUGCCUUUGGUUGGCUUCCUCUAAAGAAUCAAUAGUCAAGUUCUUAGCACGCAGUCCAGAUCAUGGAUGACUCAACAUGGGCCAUUGUCUUUCCCCCACACCUCCCAUAUUGUGAGUUUCCUAAGGACAGCUGGCACAUGCACUGGGGAUAACCCGAAAGUCUCACUAAACCAUCCAUCCAAUCAAUAGUAGUAGUGGGCAAUGCAUUCAAAGGGCAGGGCUGUAAUAAAUGUAAGCUUAUGAUUCUUUUACUGGGAUUUCCUUUUUCUUGGGAUAUAAUCAAAAUAUCUAUGCCCACGAAAGAGUUCCAAAGGUUAUACUAUCAGCUUAGAGUACAUACACACUGAACUGAACUAGUUAGUAACUGUGGACAUAUGGAGCAUGGCAGACCAGUUCAUGCUUAAUAUUGGGUUCCUAAGUGGUAACUGCCCAACUUCUGUUGGGCUACCUGGAACCAGCUGUCUUCACAGUCAGAACUAAGAUCAUAAUUUGGGGAAAACAUAAUAAUGAGAAAGAGAUAUGACAUCUAAUAGAAAUGACUUGACCCUGAAUGGAGUAAUUGAACAUCAAAAAUGGGAAGGUGACAGAAAUGACAUCAAGAUUGAUUAUAAAAUUUUCAUUCAGAAGCUUAACCAAUGUAAAUUAAUUACCUUAACAUGGAGACCAAAAGAACCCAGAUAAAGGAAAGAAGCUUCCAGAGCAUUUGGAGGACCCAGUUUGUUCAGCCUUUGGGAGAACAGGAUAGGGAUUGGUUGGGUUAGGAAUGCCCUAAUCAAUGAGAUGAUAGAUCCAUUUUCCCAUUUAAUAUUUGAGAGUUCCUUUGGUUAUAAUGCUCCUGUUGCCUGGAAUGCCCUUCCUCCCAAUAUUUGACUAUUAAAAUCCUUUCAUUGUUGCCUCAUCUUCCCCAAACACCUUUCCUGAUCCCAUCCUUCCACCAAGUAGAAGUGAUCUCUUUUUCCUGGAAACAUAUACAUGUAUUGUUCCCUUCCUAGAUGUGUUACCUGAGGGCAAGAGCAAGCCAUCUUUAAUCUGUGCUCCCCACAAUACCCAGUGCAGGGCCCUACACGUAGCAGGUGCUCAGCAAAGUUUGAGGCAUACUGAAAAGGGACUCCCAUCUCUCCAAAGGGAAAUUGAGGCAGGGAGUCCUCCCUUGGCUGGCUGGUCUGUGCUGUCUCUUCAGAUACCAUGUAAACACUACAAGAUGCUGCUGUAUACAUAUAGUAUAGACCUAUAAGAAUUUUGUAUGAGCUGUAUAGAGAAACUAUGUGAAUAUAUUAAAUGAUAAUUUUGGUAUAAA